GACAGCUCAGUUGGCGACUCUCUCUCUUCCUCCACUCUUUCUUUCUGUGAUCAGAUAAAAAAAAAAAGGGAAAGAAACCACCACCACCUUCACCAAAACCAGUAACAUAUUGCUUGAGAGAGAGAGAGAGACAGUGGAGAUUUUCUUUUCCUUUUCUCUUAGAAAGUUACGAAAGAAAAAAAAUAUUAAUAAAAACAAACUCUCAGCUGAGAUCUAAGUUCAAUCCUACACAAAGAAAAAGCAAAAUCUCAUUGGCAUCUGCUGAAUCAAGUCGAUCUCCUCUUCUUUGAAUUGAGAUUCUGGCACAUUCAUCCCCAUCAUAUUCGAUCUAUAAAAAAAAAAAAGAGAAAAAAUUCCUGUUCAAAUCUCAAAUCAGUCUUUUAUUGAAUGGUAAUCGAAUUUUAAGAAGAAAUUAACAGUAGAAUGGAUUCGAAACCUUCCCAUUCAUUCCAAUUGGGAAGGUCACCAACCGAUUCACCAACAGCAACAACAACAGCAUCUUCGUCAACUUUAGCUAAAUCAGUCUCCGAUGUCGGAAUCCAAAGCCUUUCUUCAAUUCUCAACAAUCCACACGUCGGUAAGUCCGGUGUUUACUCCUCUGACGGAUCUUGGACCGGCUGGUGGCCCUCCUCCUCCUCCUCCACUUCCGUCGCUCAGCCGGAAUUCACUCCCUUACUCCCUAAAUCGUCGGAAUUAUCAAGAUCAGAUUUCAAACCCUACCUAUCAACAAUCGCUGAUUCAUACAACCGUUUCGAAGACAUUAUAAAUCACAACGCGAAACAAAAUAAUAAUAGUAAUAACAAUAACAAUUUAGGUCAAGGUGAAGCACUUGUAGCGUGUUUACGGGAAGUGCCAUCACUUUAUUUUAAAGAAGAUUUUGCAUUAGAAGACGGAGCGACGUUUCGAGCGGCGUGUCCAUUUUCUAAUGUGUCGGAGAAUGUGGUUUUGCAAGAGAAGCUAUCGCAGUAUUUGGAUGUUGUCGAGUUACAUUUGGUGAAGGAGAUUUCGCUGCGGUCCAAUUCGUUUUUCGAAGCGCAAGGACAGUUGCAAGAUCUUAAUGUGAAGAUUGUAGAAGGGUGUAGUAGGAUUAGGGAAUUGAAGGAGACUAUUAGGCUUUUGGAUAAGGAUCUAGUUGAGUCUGCCAGGAAUAUUCAGGAGUUGAAUGUUAGUAGAAGUAAUAUGUUGGCUUUGCAGCAUAAGUUGAGGGUUAUUUUAUAUGUUAAUCAAGCCCUUUCUGCUCUCAAAUUGCUUGUUGCAUCUGCAGAUUGUGCUGGAGCUUUGGAUGUCACUGAUGAUUUGCAACAUCUAUUGGAUGGAGAUGAGCUGACUGGUCUACAUUGCUUUCGUCACCUUCGGGAUCACGUGUCAACUUCAAUAGAUUCCAUAAAUAGUAUUCUCUCAGCAGAGUUUAUGCGUGCUGCGAUACAUGAUGCUGGGAGUACUGAUGUGGUUAUAGUAUCUAAAGCCAAAUCCAGGGCUUCCAGUUUAACUAAUGGAAGAGAUAUUGAUCAGGUUAAGUUGGAUGAAGAGGAUACGUCGAGUUUUCGUGAUCGUCUCCUCCCUCACAUUGUUGGGUUGCUUAGAACAGCUAAGCUCCCUUCUUUGUUGAGAUUAUAUCGUGAUACACUUACCACCGACAUGAAAACAGCUAUUAAAACUGCAGUUGCGGAGCUGCUUCCUGUUCUUGUGGCACGACCUCUAGAGUCAGAUUUCACCCCUGGAGAGCGAACAGUAGAGACAGAUGGUGGAAAUCUAUCUCUUGGAAGCAAGCUAAAGAGCUUGCCAUCUGAAAGUUUUGUUCAACUUCUAAGCGCUAUUUUCAAGAUUGUACUGGCACAUUUAGUGCGGGCUGCUGAAGUGAAAAAGGCAAUUGAAUGGAUUAUAUGUAACCUUGAUGGACACUAUGCUGCUGAUUCAGUUGCAGCUGCAAUCGCAAUUGGUGCUGCAGCUGCUGAAGCAGCUCAAGAGAGUGACAGUCAGCAUGGUUCAGUUCCCCAAUUUUUGCCUCAAAGAAGUGCUGCCAAGGUCCCAUCAUCUCAGGCCAAAGCAAAUGAUGCAGCAACUUCCUCGAAUAUGUCUAGAAAUUUCAGGGCUGAUGUGUUACGAGAGAAUGCGGAAGCUGUCUUUGCUGCUUGUGAUGCAGCUCAUGGAAGAUGGGCAAAGCUCCUUGGAGUCCGCGCUCUCCUUCAUCCUAAGUUGAGAUUACAGGAGUUUUUGAGCAUUUACAACAUCACUCAAGAGUUCAUUACUGCUACUGAGAGGAUAGGUGGAAGGUUAGGGUACAGUAUUCGAGGCACACUGCAGUCUCAGGCCAAGGCUUUUGUUGAUUUCCAGCAUGAAAUGCGAAUGACAAAAAUGAAGGCAGUGCUUGAUCAAGAGACAUGGGUGGAAGUUGAUGUCCCUGAUGAAUUUCAGGUCAUAGUUACAUCACUGUUUUCUUCUGAGGCAUUGAUAUCUGGGGACUUAGAUGUUGCUCAAGGUAACAUGAUCAGAGGCCAUGGUGAAGUCGCCACAACCAAUGAUGGUUCAGUUAUUGCUGACAAUGAAGCACAAAAUGUUCAACAGCAACUUAUGAGGAUGGACUCUAGUGAAUUACCCCCGCAAAAUUCUGUGCAAGUGAAAUCUCCUCCUUCAUCUGAAGCAACAGAAAGCAAUAAAGCCGAUGCUACAAUCUCUUCUGCCCAGAGCAACAAUACUAAUGCUAAGGAGCGUGGAAAACCUGCCUCUCAAACGCUUACCUGUGGAGGUGUUAGUUAUCACAUGGUAAACUGUGGCUUAAUAUUGCUGAAGAUGUUGUCGGAGUACAUUGAUAUGAAUAAUUUUGUACCAGCACUUUCUUCGGAAGUUAUUCAUCGUGUUGUAGAGAUAUUAAAAUUCUUCAAUACAAGAACCUGUCAGCUUGUUCUUGGAGCUGGUGCCAUGCAGGUGUCUGGAUUGAAGUCUAUUACUUCUAAGCACUUGGCCCUUGCAAGUCAAGUUGUUAGCUUUACAUAUGCUAUUAUUCCUGAAAUCAGGCGUGUUCUUUUCCUUAAAGUACCCGAGACAAGAAAGGCAUUGCUGCUUCUUGAGAUUGAUCGUGUAGCACAGGAUUACAAGGUUCACCGAGAUGAAAUACACACAAAGCUGGUUCAGAUAAUGAGAGAAAGGCUGUUGGUUCAUUUACGUGGUUUGCCUCAAAUUGUUGAGAGCUGGAACAGACCUGAAGAUACUGAUGCACAGCCCAGUCAAUUUGCCCGAUCUCUUACAAAGGAGGUUGGAUACCUUCAACGUGUCUUGUCUCGGACUUUACAUGAGGUGGAUGUUCAAGUGAUUUUUAGGCAAGUGGUCGUAAUUUUUCAUUCACAAAUCUCAGAAGCAUUUUCACGGUUGGAGAUCAGCACUCCACAAGCGAAGGACAGGCUGCGCCGGGAUGUCGAACACAUACUUAGAUGCAUUAGAUCAUUACCUACUGAUAACUUGAGUAAGUCUGGUACCCCCAAUUGGGGGCAACUUGAUGAAUUCUUGGUACAAAAGUUUGGAGCUGAAACUGGUUAAGAAAUAUUGGAUGUGAAGUACCAAAAUUGAUGGAGCUUCUGAUGGGAGGCUGCAACAAGACUUUCAGGGGACCUAUAGAGAUCAGAACCAGUUCUCAGCCUAUACACUUGCCUUGUAGAGUAAUAUUGAGGUGCUUUGAUUGCUAUUUAGGUAGAGUAGAUUACUAUUCUAUUGUAUCACAUUCAAAAAGUCGAAGAGUGUCUGUGAAGCAGAAUUUUGGUAGCAGUUAUACAAUUUGGUAGUUUUUAAAUAGUGAACAGCUGGUGCUAGUUACCAAGUUUAUGUUUCUUCCAUGUAUCAAAUUUCAGAUGCUUGAUGAUUGCUUCUUAUCUUAGAUCAUUGUAUUGUAAAAUCAACAUUUUGAGAUUCUAUUCAUUUAUUUUUUUUGGUCUU